AUGAGGGGGGACGCGGGAUGUUUCCCAGCCUGGUCCCUGUGGCCUCUCCUCUUCAUGGCCCCUCUGGCUCAGACCCUGGCGCUGCUGGCAAUGGCCAUGGCCACCACGGCUGUCGAUGUGUACCCUCUGGACAUGGCCCCAGACUCCUUUGAUGACCAGUACCAGGGCUGUGUCCCUGCCAUGAAGGCGGCAUUGCCGGCCCUCAAUGGCUCCGAGUUUGAGCAGAAUGAGAACUUUGCCGAGGUUUGGGUAAAGGCUGCAGCCAAGUGGCAGAGUCGGGGCACCCCUGUGUCCCCUCUAUCCCCAGAGCAGGCCAUCGCUAUCAUGGCCUUUGCAUAUGGUCUGUCCGGUGUGUUCACUGAGGCCGUGCUUGUGGCUGGGCGCUCCAGCCAGGAAUACCGGGACAACUUCCACUUUAAAACACUGCAUUUCCUGCUGACCGAUGCCCUGGCCACACUGAGGGACGCUCAGAAAGGGCAGUGUCGGGACGCAUUCCUGAAGGUGUGUGACAUCCGGUUUGAGGCACAGCGUGGUGACACCAUCCGGUUUGGUGUAUUCAUGCCGGUGUUCCCGAGCAAGCCAAUUGUCAAGUGCUCCAAUUUCACAAUGCUAGAGGUGCACACGUGCCGUGGUGUGAAAAUCCAGCUGCAUGCCAAACGACCAGAACUUAAAAUCGUGCUGAUCCCACCCUUUGAGACCUUCAAUGUCACCCAAAUCACCCAGGAAGGAAACAAGACACAGAUCCAGCUCCUCUCCACUGGGACCUUCAGCGAAUUCAACUGCGAAUGGCUGCGAGGUGACAUUGCAGGUGGGAGUGUCCCCAGUGCCCCCUUCCAUGUUGGAAGUCUCCUUCUGGCCACCACAGCCCUGGCAGUGGCCACUGGAAUCCUCUGA